ACAGGAGGGGAUGAUCCCCCAGUAAUACCUGCUGCCCUGAUCCAAGGUGCCCCUUGGCCUCCCUCCCAGGGACUGCUGCUUCUUGUGUGACACCGGCCGCAGAAAGACACUCCGAUGGACUUACACCGGGCAGCCUUCAAGAUGGAGAACUCAUCCUACCUCCCCAACCCACUGGCCUCGCCAGCACUGAUGGUCCUGGCGUCCACAGCAGAGGCCAGCCGUGAUGCAUCUAUCCCAUGCCAGCAGCCACGCCCCUUUGGCGUACCUGUCUCGGUAGACAAGGACGUGCACAUCCCAUUCACCAAUGGUUCCUACACCUUUGCCUCGAUGUACCAUCGGCAAGGUGGGGUACCGGGCACUUUUGCCAAUCGUGAUUUCCCCCCUUCUUUACUGCACCUCCACCCUCAAUUUGCACCCCCAAAUCUAGAUUGCACUCCCAUCAGUAUGCUGAAUCAUAGUGGCGUGGGGGCUUUCCGUCCCUUCGCUUCCACUGAGGACCGGGAGAGCUAUCAGUCAGCCUUUACGCCGGCCAAGCGACUUAAGAACUGCCAUGACACAGAGUCUCCCCACUUGCGCUUCUCAGAUGCUGAUGGCAAGGAAUAUGACUUUGGGACACAGCUGCCAUCUAGCUCCCCUGGUUCACUUAAGGUCGAUGACACUGGGAAGAAGAUUUUUGCUGUCUCAGGCCUCAUUUCGGAUCGGGAAGCAUCAUCCAGCCCGGAGGAUCGGAAUGACAGAUGCAAGAAAAAGGCAGCAGCUUUGUUUGACAGCCAGGCCCCUAUCUGCCCCAUCUGCCAGGUCCUGCUCAGGCCCAGCGAGUUGCAAGAGCAUAUGGAGCAAGAACUGGAACAGCUGGCACAGCUGCCCGCCAGCAAAAAUCCCCUUCUGAAGGAUGCCAUGGCUCCCGGCACACCCAAGUCCCUCCUGUUGUCUGCCUCCAUCAAGAGGGAAGGAGAGUCCCCCACGGCGUCCCCGCACUCAUCAGUCACCGAUGACCUGCACCACUCGGACAGAUACCAGACCUUCCUGCGAGUGCGAGCCAACCGGCAGACCCGGCUGAAUGCUCGGAUUGGGAAAAUGAAACGGAGGAAGCAAGAUGAAGGGCAGGUAUGUCCCCUGUGCAGCCGCCCCCUGGCAGGAUCGGAGCAGGAGAUGAGUAGGCAUGUGGAGCGUUGCCUGUCGAAGAGGGAAGGUUCCUGCGUGGCCGAGGAGGAUACCGUGGACAUCGAGCAGGAGAACAGCAACCGCUUUGAAGAGUAUGAGUGGUGCGGGCAGAAGCGGAUACGGGCCACCACUCUCCUGGAGGGUGGCUUCCGAGGCUCCGGCUUCGUCAUGUGCAGCGGCAAAGAGAACCCAGAUAGCGAUGCGGACCUGGACGUGGAUGGGGACGACACUCUGGAGUAUGGGAAGCCACAGUACACGGAGGCCGACGUCAUCCCCUGCACGGGCGAGGAGCCCGGAGAAGCCAAGGAGCGAGAGGCGCUGCGGGGCGCAGUCCUGAAGCAAGUUGGCGGCCCCCCCAGCACCCGAAUCACACCCGAGUUCUCUAAGUGGGCCAGCGACGAGAUGCCCUCGACCAGCAAUGGGGAGAGCAGCAAGCAGGAGGCCAUGCAGAAGACCUGCAAGAACAGCGACAUCGAGAAAAUCACCGAGGAUUCGGCGGUGACCACGUUUGAGGCCCUGAAGGCUCGGGUCAGGGAACUUGAACGGCAGCUCUCCCGGGGGGACCGUUACAAAUGCCUCAUCUGCAUGGACUCCUACUCGAUGCCCCUGACGUCCAUCCAGUGCUGGCACGUGCACUGUGAGGAGUGCUGGCUGCGGACCCUGGGGGCCAAGAAGCUCUGCCCCCAGUGCAACACCAUCACGGCGCCCGGAGACCUGCGGAGAGUCUACCUGUGAGCUGGCCGCCGCGGCCUCCCCUUUGUCCAGCCCUGCCCAGGGCGCCCGUGUACACGCACGCACACACACGCACACACACGCAGGACUCGAGCCAGCGCGCGGGCCCAGGGCCGGGCCCUACCCGCUGGCUCCCCAGGAUGGGGGACCAUAGGCGUUCCAGGUUCUAUUCCGGGGGGAGGGCAGGGAGAGGGGGCGGGCGGAGUGGCUGGCGGGGCAGGGGUCCUGCCACCCAGCCCCGAGACAGACAGACUGACAGACCGACAUGCAGACACCAGACUGAAGCACAUGUAAUAUAGACCGUGUAUGUUUACAAUGUUGUGUAUAAAUGGGACCGCACCAGGCCCUCCGCCCCGCCCCUCCUCUCGGCUUGUACGAUUUUCUUCUUUUUUUAAGAAGACCUGGACGCGGUGUCUCCAGGGCUGGCUGGGGGCUCGGCCCAUCCACCCGGGGUGCCUGCCCCUCCCCUCCUGUGGUGUCCCUCCCCUCUCCCGUGUGCUCCGUGGUCAGUGGUGUAUAUUUCUUCUCCCUACAGGGGGCGCGAGCCCCGAGGGACAUGAUCCUCUCCUUAGUCUUAGCUCCUGGGGCUUCUAGAAGGAGUCGGGGAGGCGGGAGGUGCAGGAAACGGGACCCGGGCUGAGCGGGGGCUGAGAUGGGGCCGGACGAGGGUGCCCCUGGCUGCCCAGCCUCCUGCCCAGAACUAUCCCUGGGACGAGCUGCUGUUCCAGGGUCAGCGUGGUCUCCCCGCCCCCUGCAGCCCCGUGGUGUGAUGCUGUGUCUGUAUAUUCUAUACAAAGGUACUUGUCCUUCCCCUUUGUAAACUACAUUUGACAUGGAUUAAACCAGUAUCAACAGCA